UAGCAAGUAGGAGCUGGAAAGCUGGCUUUGCUCGGGGGGGUGUCCAUAGGGAUGAAGCUGCUGUACGUGCAGGAAGGGUACAGGAGAAGAGCAGAUAACCAUUUGCCACCAUGGCCUCAUCUUUCCUCCCUUCCUUCCUCCAAAACAGCGUUUCUGGAGGUUAAGCGAUUAUUAUUAUUUUUUUUAAAUAGACUUUCAGGAGCUUGCACAAUAUUUGGAUGGGGCCCAGAGCACCCCCCCAGCUCCGGGGCAGGCUAAAGAGAAGGGUUGGCUAAUUCACAGUCUGUGCAGUGAGUCGAACAACAGGACUUCUUGACUCAUCAGACAGCUCCUAGGAACCGUGCCAUGACUUCUGCAGGACUGUGGGCUGCGCGGGGCCGCUCGAGCCCUGCCAAGCCUUCAGACCAUCUAGAACACUCUGUGCUGCUCAGCCCGAGCCGUGCUGGGUUUCUGGAUGCCUUCUUCUGAAGGAUUCUGUGUGUUUUCUCCCACAUCUUCUGCGGGACGCUGCAGAAGUUUGGGAGCGCCGGUCCUUUCGUGCAAAUUGUGGUUCUCGGUGUGGGACAGGGGGGUAUUGGCUCAGUAAUGGGAUGGGCGUGCUGCUUAAUGAGGCAGUAAUGCAGCUCUGAAGUCAGAGGAUGAGCGCAUCCUGAUGCGGGAGCUGGCGGGCGGCCGAGGGGAGUGGAGCAGCAGCCCGGCUCGUGCUCGUGCUGCCAGCGGGAACUCAGGAGAGCUAAACACAAGUUUGGAAGCCGAGGGCUCGGAGGGAUGGUGGCGGCUCUCUGGGGCUGAGUUGGCGCUGUCUUCAGUUCUGAGCUCGCCGCUCACGUGCAGCAAAGCCUAGAUCUUCAGUGCUUGAUUUCCUUUUUAAGUGGGCAAAAAUUGAAAUGUGUAAUGUUGCUGGCUUGCGCCGAGUGUUUAGGCAUCGCCUGAAUUUAUAGCAUAAGAACCUGGGACAAGGACGCGUCCAACCCCUGUCCCUGCCUUCCCCUCACAGCACCCACAGCAACGUCCAUGGGGACAGGUGACAUCGAUGGGGAUGGGCGAUGUCCAUGGCUGACAUGGCAUGUCCCCCUUCUCCAUGGGCUUCCUGUGCUCUCUCCCAUCUCAGAGCUGUGCCCGGUGCAUGCGGGCUGGGAACAAAGGCAGCACUGUUGGAAGUCCCUGCUCACUGGGACAAUGCACGGGCACUCGUAGGCCCAGGAGAGGGAGCGGGACAGAGCUGCCCCCCAGGACACGCUGCCGGCACUGAAAGGACACACACCAGGAUCGAUAUCCAAGCAGUCCAAUAGAAUCUGUGGAAAUUUCAUCUCAAGUCAUCUCCAGCAAUCCAAUAAGUCUUUUUUUUCUUUUUUUUUCAGACAGCCAUUUCCUUGUUUUUCCUUUUUCUCUUGUCGUCGUUGUGCAGUGUGAGCAGGGCCGUGGUGCAGCUGGCCGAGGCCGCUCCGCUCUGCGCCGUGUUCCAGGCCCAUGGCAGUGGUGGCUCUCAUCCCCAGACCAUGAUGCUGAUUUUGGCACAUGGGCUGCUUGUAGAUGUGUGCAGAGGGAUUUCUAGCACCCAAAGCCACGGGGUCCCCGUGGGUCCCCACUGGGAGCUCUGUACCAAGGCCUGGGCACGCAGCUGCUGUGUGAGCCACUCUGCUGACCCACGGGGGCCGGUCUCUCUGCGCCGUGCCGAUACACGUCUGCAUUCAAGUGCUGGGUUCAUUUUUGUGGGUAGCAAAAAAAGAAAACCAACAAACAAACCCUGAGUGCCUAGGGACAUGGGUUGUGCUGGCAGAACCACGUGCAGCACCUGCUGCACUCCUAGGGUUGCUGUGGGCUGCGGCCAGGGCUCCUUCUGGGGUGCAGUGGUGCUGGCACGGUGUGGCAGCUUUCGGUGCCAUGCAUCCCACCUCUUGUUUCAUUGCCAUGUGUAAUGCCUGUCCCAAGAACUGACCUGAACUCUGCCUCUUCCCUUUAGUUUGGGGAAGGUUAGCUCGGGUUCAAACCACUGUGAUGCGGUUGGUAAUUCUGAGCGGCGUAUUAAGCAUUUAAUACAGGAGCGCAUUAGCUCCCACCCACAUCCCCCGUCGGAUGCCGGCGGAGGGAAGCGCUCCGUGCCCACAUCCAGGAGCUGCUGCUGGGCACACGGCAUGCACGGCUCCCUCCUGGACCCCUGCUCCUUGCAGCCACCGCUGCCCCAUUGCCACAAGCAGCGUGCUCCCUGCUGGCUCUGCAUGCACGGCACUACGGCCAGGUGGCUGCCCCAGCGCAGUGGCUGUCCCCAUCCCCACGUUACCACCGCUGCCCGGCACCGGCUCAGCGCAAGGAGCACCGAACUGAUGUGCCGUGCCUAAUUGUGUUACAGCUCAAUUUGCGGAGCCUUGCUUCGCUCGCGCAGUACAUCAGAAGCUCUUGUGAAAUCUAAUGUGCUGUAGCAUCGGCGCAGGAAAAAGCUCUGCCUUCUGUGAAGCCAGACUGUUGCAGCGUAAUUUGUUUUGUAAGAUUUUGAAAGGCGGUGUUGCAAUAUGUAACAGUAGAAUAGUGGGAAGAUGGUCAGGUGGUUCUUAGGACUUCAACAGACAGAUUUCAUGUCUGUGUGUUUUUGCAACACCUUUCUAUAAAGGGAAACAUAAUUUAAAAUAUGAUUACUUAGUGUUGUAACAGUCUUCUCAAACGUUUUUGCAUUAUGCAGAGAUCAUUAUCAGAGGCUGAUAUUAACUUGCAAAGAAUAUUAUGCAAAUCGCUCUCCUGUUCUUCUAAAAAGAAAUUUCCUUCAUAAUGCAAAGCGUGACAAAAAAAAUUGUGCAGAAGCUUUUGGCAAAAUUACAUUCAGAAGAUGUAACAGUUUUUCUGCUUACUAGCGCAAUCCAUUUGUGCCUUUCUGCUGGGUUUUCUCGACUCAAGCUGAUAAAAGAUGAAUUUUAAAAUCAGGGCUGGGCUGCGUGCGGGGGGGACCUUGUACCUCCCGGGCUCAGGAACAGAGAAGGACAGCUCUCGUGCUCGGAGCCACGCAGGCAGUCUCUGCAUGGUGGCAAUUGGAGGCCAAUUGCCCAGGGGUUCCGGGUGGGCAUUGGUCCUGCAGCCAGUGGUACGCAACUCCGACCUCCCCAAAUUCCAGCGUGCCGCGUUCAUGGCACCGUAACCAGCUUGCAUCGCUGCGGCAGCACGAGCAUCCCAGGUGCCAGGGGGUGGCACCAGGGGGUGACGCUGGGAUGCGUCCCGUCCUGCCCUGAGCCGCGCCAGCCCUGCCCGCUCUGUGUUCCUGAGCAUCAGCACAUUCCUGCAGGACAUCCCAGCCCUGCUAAAGUCGUGAUGUGCCCUACUUUGGAUACCCCUGCAUUGAAUGCCUGAGGAGCUCCGGCGGAUCCUGAGCCAUGUCGCAGAUGUUGCACAUAGAGAUUCCCAACUUCGGGAACACCGUGCUGGGCUGCCUGAACGAGCAGCGCCUGCUGGGGCUGUACUGCGAUGUCUCCAUCGUGGUGAAGGGCCAGGCCUUCAAGGCGCACCGCGCCGUGCUGGCCGCCAGCAGCCUCUACUUCCGAGACUUGUUCAGCGGGAACAGCAAAAAUGCCUUUGAGCUGCCGGGGACGGUGCCCCCAGCUUGCUUCCAGCAGAUCCUCUCCUUUUGCUACACCGGCAAGCUCACCAUGGCGGCGAGCGAGCAGCUGGUGGUGAUGUACACGGCGGGCUUCCUGCAGAUCCAGCACAUCGUGGAGAAGGGGACAGACUUGAUGUUCAAGGUGAGCUCACCCCACUGUGACUCUCAGACCGCCAUGAUCGAAGACCCCACCUCGGAGCCGCAGAGCCCCUGCAACCAGCUGCAGUCGGCCUCGGCACCCUACGUCAUGUCCCCCUCCAUGCCCAUCCCGCUCCUCACCCGCGUCAAGCACGAGAGCCUGGAGCUGCCGCCGGCCGCGGUGCCGGGCCUACCCGCCAAGCGGCCCCUGGAGCCGGGCGCGCGCGAUGGCCCCGUGGGAGCAGGCCCCGCCGCCGGCCCGUUGAAGCUGUCGCGUGUCUCCUACUACGGGGUGCCCAACCUGGCCUCCCUCCUGCCCACCGUGCAGCAGGUGCAGUACUCGCAGGGGGAGCGCACCAGCCCCGGCGCCAGCAGCAUUCCCACCACUGACAGCCCCACGUCCUACCACAACGAGGAGGAUGAGGAGGACGACGAGGCGUACGACACCAUGGUGGAGGAGCAGUACGGGCAGAUGUACAUCAAGUCCUCAGGAGGCUACUCUGUUGCUCAAGAAAAGCCGGAGCAGAUCCCGCUGGAGAACCGCUCGUGCGUCCUCAUCCGCCGGGAUCUGGUUGCCCUCCCCGCCAGUCUCAUCAGCCAGAUCGGGUACCGCUGCCACCCGAAGCUCUACUCCGAGGGGGACCCUGGGGAGAAGCUCGAGCUCGUCGCAGGCUCAGGUGUUUACAUCACGCGGGGGCAGCUGAUGAAUUGCCACUUAUGCGCCGGUGUCAAACACAAGGUCCUCCUGCGACGUCUCCUGGCCACGUUCUUCGAUCGGAACACCCUUGCCAACAGCUGCGGAACCGGAAUCCGCUCCUCCACGAGCGAUCCCAGCAGGAAACCCCUGGACAGCAGAGUCCUGAACGCCGUGAAACUGUAUUGUCAGAAUUUUGCCCCAAGCUUUAAGGAAAGCGAGAUGAAUGUCAUAGCGGCCGAUAUGUGCACCAACGCCCGCCGGGUCCGCAAGCGCUGGCUCCCGAAGAUCAAGUCCAUGCUGCCCGAGGGGAUGGAGAUGUACCGCACGGUGAUGGGCUCCACCACAAACAGCGUCCCCCUGGAUCCCGAAUUCCAGCCCGGUUCUGCUCAGGUCUUUGAGCAGCAAAUCUAUGCAGAAAGGAGGAGCGAUUCAGGAACGAUAGUAGCCCUGAGAACUAACACAGUGAGCGUCGAUCUGAGCAAUGGAUCCAGCCAGUCCUUCGAACAGAGCGAGGAUGCCGAGGGCGCUGGCUCCGUCAUACAGGAGGCGGCUGCCACAGAUGCCAUGGCAUCGGAUACCCAAAGCACUCCCCAACCUUUCGAACAGGGCUCGGGCCCCUCCAGCCGGCCCGAAACUCCGGUGAGAAGACAGGAUGGUACUUACGGAGGGACUUUAUAGAGAGAGCAAACGUUUUGUGACCUAUAAGGGAUCUGUAAUACUAAAGCUGCUUGCAUGCAUUACUAAUACAAAACAAAAAUGUGAUCAAGCCACUUACCUACUGAACUGCUACUGUUGCCUGAAAAAAAUGUGAUUUUUA